AUGGUUGUUGUAAACGCUCGAUUAAGUGAAGAAGUUGAUAGUGUGACGACCUACAACGUCUUAAAAUUUGGAGCAGUUGGUGAUGGAAAAGCAAAUGAUACAAAAGCAUUUGUGUCAGCAUGGGAAGCAGCUUGCAAUAAAACAAGAGAAAAUGCAAAGAUAUCAGUAGGCAGUGGGAAGACAUAUUUGGUUUCUGAAAUCCAAUUUCAAGGGCCAUGCUCUUCCACCUCAAUCACAUUUGAGGUAACACAUCCCUUUGCAAUAACUACACAAAUCCAUUUAAUCAAAAAAUCACACAAUUGGAAAUAUUUCAUUUUUUCUUCAACACAGAUACUAGGAAACAUUGUGGCUCCACCAAGAUCAGCAUGGCAGAAGAAAGGCUCGAACGAAUGGCUCUAUUUUCACAGAGUCGACGGGCUCACUGUGGUAGGGGAGCGCCAAGGAGUGAUCGAUGGCCGUGGAGAGACGUGGUGGAAGAAUGGCGAUUCGAUAUCACGACCGACUGCGAUGCGGUUUUCUCACUGCAACAGACUUGAAGUCAGGGGGUUGAAACAUGUAAACAGCCAGAUGAACCAUGUUUCUAUAAACGGAUGCAAAAACGUAACAGUUUCAGACCUAGUCAUGAUCGCCCCUUCGGAGAGCCCUAACACGGAUGGAAUUGACAUCAGUAAUUCAAUCGGUCUUCGCAUUGUUAACUCUUCCAUGGAAACUGGGGAUGACUGCAUAGCCAUUAAUGGUGGUACUUCACAAGUCAACAUAUCCAACAUAUUCUGUGGCCCUGGACAUGGAAUAAGUAUCGGGAGUUUAGGGAAGGAUGGGAAGCGCGAAGAAGUAGAAGCAAUAAACAUACGCAAUUGCACUUUUAACAGAACUAACAAUGGAGUGAGGAUCAAAACAUGGCAGGGAGGAUCUGGAUUCGCCAGGAACAUCAAUUUCUCCCAGAUAAUCUUUAUAGAGGCUAAAAACCCCGUUAUCAUCAACCAGAAUUACUGCCCUCACAAGAUAUGCACUGAAAAAACAUCAGCAGUCAAUGUGAGUGAUGUGGGAUAUUAUGGACUUCGUGGCACAUCCAUCAGCAAGAAUGAUGCUACGAUUACCUUCAACUGCAGCAAGACGGUACAUUGCACUAACAUCAAUGUGGACGAUGUGGACAUAAAAUCGGCAGGUUCUAAUCAAACAACAAGGUCCUUCUGCUCCAAUGCUCAUGGAAAAGCUCGUGGAUUGAUGCCGGCAUUGGGUUGCCUACUCAAGUGA